AUGGCCGACAGAUCUAUGCCCUCGUCGUUCGACGACGACAAAGAAUACAACGAGACCGGUUUCCAGAAGGUGUCCCGCAAACUGCGAGAAGAGCCUCUCGUCCCGCUCGGCACCCUCCUAACCUGCCUGGCCCUCUACAACGCCUGGCGCGCGAUGCGCAAGGGCGACCACGCGCAGGUGCAGCGCAUGUUCCGCGCGCGCAUCGGCGCGCAGGCUUUCACGGUCGUCGCCAUCGUGGCCGGAGGCGCCUACUACGGCGCCGACCGCGAGAAGCGCAAGGAGCUCAUCAAGCUCGAGGCCCAGCAGCGCGCCGAGGAGCGCCAUGCCAGGUGGCUGCGCGAGCUCGAGGUCCGCGACGACGAGGAGAAGUCCCUGAAGGCCGCGCUGCGCCGCAAGCGCGACCGCGUCGAGGGGAGGAGGGCCGAGGAGAGGGCUGAGGCGGAGGCUGGGGCGGAGAGGGAGAAGGGUGAGAAGGGUGAGAAGGGUGAGAAGGGUGAGAAGGGUGGGGCUACUGCGUCGUUGCUGGCUGCCGAGACGACGGCGGAUGCGGAUGGGCAGGUCCCGACCGAGGGCAAGAAGGAGGGCUCGAGUGUGCUGGGCGCGUUGUCAGAUGCUGGAGGUUGGUUUGGCACCAAGAUAGGCGAGAGUGCGAAGCCAACCGACCAACAAAAGACCGAAGCCGAAACACCAAAGAAGCAUGCAGUAGAGACACCGAAGAAGUAA